AUGCUGGAAUGUCAGAGACCGGCCGGACCGGGCCGCAGAUUUCUGGCUCCUGGAUGUUUCAGAACUCGCAAGCAAAACCAAGCGGCCCUCCAAGCCCUGAUCUCCGGCAACACGAACGGCGAGAAUCCAUCGAUCGCACUGGCCAGACUGUUCCAAUCUCUGAAUCCAGCUGGAACUGGAAAAUCGGAAACCAGCUCUCCAGGAGGCGAAGGCACCAAGAAGGCUCGUCUGAAGGUCUUCUCAAAUGGCUAUUUUAUGACUUUUGAUAAAAUUUCCUCAUGCCGAAAGAAGCACUUCUGGAGAUGCGAGUACAAGAAUACGUGUAAAGCCAGAAUGCACACAGAUAUUGAGAGUGAAAAGAUUGUUACCUAUAUCCACGACCAUAACCACACUCCACCGACAGCCGAGGAAAUCCAACUCUAUGGAAUUGAUCCCCAGGAGAUUGAACGUAAUCGAGUCUACAUCGUUGGCAAUGUGUCUGACACAAAUCUCCGGAGAAAAAUUCGAAAACAAGUGGCGGACCGAGAGGCGGCGGCGAAACGUCUCGAACAACAACAAAAAGAGGAACUCCAGAAAAAGCAGAACGAGGCGACGAUGGCCGCCGCGCAAGAGGCCUAUGCUCGUGCCGUGGUCUCCACGGGACAUCUCAACUCCACGGGACCAAUGGCUGCCGCGGCAAGUCUGUUUCAGUCGGCGGCUGCUGCAGCGGCCGCCGCGGUGGGCACGUCUUCGGCGCCAACGACCACACAGACAACUAUUAAUCCGCACGCGCUGCUUUUGGCUGCUCAAUUGCCAACGCUGACGAAUAUGAUCAAGAAUGAGACGACGGCGGUUUAUGUGCCAAACUAUAUUUCGCCCAAUAUGCCUAACCCCUUCCCUCCCUCCCAAAAAUCUUCCCAUUUCCACGAAAAUUUCCAGUUUCAGCCAAUGCAAUCGGCCACCCCGAGCACCAGCACCAUCCCUCCACUCAUCAUUCCAAAAACCGAGCCUCUCGAAACGACGUCAUCGCAACCAUCCGCAAAACGUCGUGCAAUCGACACCUUCGACGAUGCUCACGAGGUGACGAGUCAUCCGAAUUUCGAGCCAACAUUCCAAAUUGCUCAUAGUCUUCGGAAGCUUUGGAGAGGAACCCCGGGACGGUAUCCACGCCCCACCAACGGACCAUCGCCCGCGCAUUUUGAAUUCUAUAUUGCGAAAUACGAUGGAGCAGAGGAGCAUUUGUAUGUGCCGUGUAGAAUUGAGCAACGGGAUGAGGCUCAUAUGAGAGAGGCACUUCAACAGUUUGCUGGUGAGCAAUGUCAUGGAAUGCUCCUGUUCAAGGUGUCGUCGAGAAUCAGUGUGGUGCUGAAUCAGCCAAUGCUUAUCACAUGGGCCAAUAAUCAAUUUUUCCUGCUUGACACGUCGAAUCCAAGCAAAUGGAAGUUCAUGUAUGUCGAUGAUCAGGCCAUGUGA